AUGGCUUCAGAUCCCGCAAUUGUGGCAUCAUCACAUCCCCCCUGCGAAUAUGACCUUCGAGAACGGAAACCACCUCUUCUACGUCGCAUUGUCAACGGCACCUGUGGACCCAACGACCAAACUGGCAAUUGUACCGUCAACGUUAAUAGCACAGGGUUUGAAUCUGAUUGCACCGAUAGCAAAGCCGAGACAUACGACUUCGACCAUAAAAACCACGACAACCAACCGUUCUCUGGUAAAGUCUUCUUAAGUCAAAUAGAAUGGAACACUGUCACACCAAAUAUAUUCAACUUCACAGUUUACCUGAAAACUUCUCAGACCUGUGUGGAUCACUACCAUGGAGGACGUUGCACGUUCCGCGCCGCGACCCCGUUCAGAUUUUGCCUUGCUCUCAACGAGGGCCAAAUGCUGUACUAA